CCCUGCCUCACAGGGGAUUCCAUCCUUGUGUUAUGUUUCCCUCCAGGCAGGCUCCAUGGAGAAGGAGGACCCGAGGCAUGAGAUCUCAGUCGUUCAGGGUAGUCAGGUUUUAACACCAAAGCCAUAUUUCAGCAGAAGGAACAGAAUUGAUUCCUUCCAAACUGGCUCCUAUUAAGAAAGACACCUCUGCUGCGAGAGGAUGUGGGACCUCAUGGAGACUGUGUUCCAGAUCAGACAACACACCAGGACAGCAAGGUUGUGUUCAGGCUCUGAACCACGUGCAGUAACGUUGGAGGUCGCCUAGUGAACAUCCAUGAGGGAAGUAAAAUCAGGAAUAUCUGCAUGGCUGGUAAAGAACAGCAGAUCCAAAGAGAGUUCCAGAGCAGAGCCAGGCCCUACGGGUUGGUGAUUCCCAUCAGCACGGCCGCAGAUGGCAGCUACGUGUCCAACAUCCUGUCGGCGAGCCGCCAGCGGCGAUGGGCGCGGGAGGCGCCGCGGAGCCCCAGGCGGCUCUACUUCAACGUCAGCGCCUUCGGCAGGGAGUUCCACCUCCGCCUGCGGCCCAACGCGCGGCUGGUGGCUCCCCAGGCCGUGGUGGAGUGGUACGGAGACUCUCCGGAGCCUGGCAGCCAUGGUGGUAACGCCACCGACGGCGGAAGCGCUGCGGAGCGCUUGUGGAAGAGAGAGCCCCUGUGGACCAACUGCGCCUACGUGGGGGACAUCACGGACAUGCCCGGAGCUGCCGUGGCCAUCAGCAACUGUGAUGGGCUGGCUGGAAUGAUAAGAACUGAUGAGGAUGAAUACUUCAUUGAGCCUUUGGAAAGAGGAAAGCAGAUGGAAGAGGAGAAGGGAAGGAUCCACAUGGUGUACAGGCGGUCGGCCGUAGCGCAGCGUCCCACCGACGCGCUCCCCGAUGUGCACACAGGAGAGUCCCUCCUCGCUGGCCUCGGAGCGCUGGCUUCCCUGCACGGCCACCUUGAGCAGCAGCUGAACGAGACCCUGCGGCGCCGCCGCCACGCGGGGGACAACGACCACAACAUCGAGGUGCUGCUGGGCGUGGACGACUCCGUUGUCCGAUUCCACGGCAAAGAGCACGUCCAAAACUACCUCCUCACCCUCAUGAACAUCGUGAACGAAAUUUACCACGACGAGUCCCUGGGUGUCCACAUCAACGUCGUGCUGGUCCGAAUGAUCAUGUUGGGGUACGCCAAGUCCAUCAGCCUGAUCGAAAGGGGGAACCCCUCGCGCAGCCUGGAGAACGUGUGCCGCUGGGCCUAUCAGCAGCAGAAGUCGGACCCCAGCCACGCCGAGCACCACGACCAUGCCAUCUUCUUAACCAGGCAAGAUUUUGGGCCCGCUGGUAUGCAAGGAUAUGCUCCUGUGACUGGCAUGUGCCACCCGGUCCGGAGCUGCACCCUCAACCAUGAGGACGGGUUUUCGUCAGCCUUUGUUGUUGCUCAUGAGACUGGGCACGUGCUGGGCAUGGAGCACGAUGGGCAAGGGAACAGAUGUGGGGACGAGACGGCGAUGGGCAGUGUCAUGGCCCCCUUGGUGCAGGCCGCCUUCCACCGCUACCACUGGUCCCGCUGCAGCGGCCAGGAGCUCCGCAGAUACAUCCACUCUUAUGACUGUCUUCUCGACGACCCCUUUGAGCAUGACUGGCCCAAGCUUCCUGAGCUGCCAGGCAUCAACUAUUCCAUGGAUGAGCAGUGCCGUUUCGACUUCGGCGUGGGCUACAGGAUGUGCACAGCAUUCCGAACCUUCGAUCCGUGCAAGCAGCUGUGGUGCAGCCAUCCCGAUAACCCCUACUUCUGCAAGACCAAGAAAGGGCCUCCCCUCGACGGCACAGAGUGUGCCCCAGGAAAAUGGUGCUACAAGGGUCACUGCAUGUGGAAGAACACCAACCAGUUGAAGCAGGAUGGACACUGGGGACCCUGGACCAAGUUUGGCUCCUGCUCGCGGACCUGUGGGACCGGGGUUCGCUUCCGCACGCGCCAGUGCAACAACCCAAUGCCCAUCAACGGAGGUGACGACUGCGCCGGGGUCAAUUUUGAGUUCCAGCUGUGCAGCACCGAGGAGUGCCCGAAGCACUUUGAGGAUUUCAGGGCACAGCAGUGCCAGCAGCGCAAUUCCCACUUCGAGUUCCAGGGCAGCCGACACCACUGGCUGCCCUACGAGCACCCCGACCCUCCCAAGAGAUGUCACCUGUACUGCCAGUCCCGAGAAACGGGCGACGUGGCUCAUAUGAAGCAGCCGGUGCACGACGGGACUCGCUGCUCCUACAGGGAUCCCUACAGCAUCUGUGUCCGUGGGGAAUGCGUGAAAGUGGGCUGUGACAAGGAAAUUGGCUCCAGCAAGGCUGAGGACCAGUGCGGGGUGUGUGGCGGGGACGACUCCCACUGCCGGACCGUGAAGGGGACCUACACCCGCACUCCCAAAAAGCUCGGGUACCUAAAGAUGUUUGAUAUCCCUUCUGGAGCUCGACAUGUGUUCAUCCAAGAAGACGAGGCCUCUCCUCACUUUCUGGCAAUCAAGAACCAGGCUACGGGACACUAUAUCCUGAAUGGGAAAGGGGAGCAGGCCAGAUCCCGGUCCUUCAUCGACCUGGGCGUGCAGUGGGACUACAGCAUCGAGGACAACACGGAGACGCUGCGCACGGACGGGCCCCUGCACGACGCCGUGGUGGUGCUGAUCGUUCCUCGGGAGAACGACACCAGGUCCAGCCUGACCUACAGGUACAUCAUCCACGAGGAUUCGGUGCCGACCAUCCACAGCAACAACGUGCUGCGGGAGGACACGGACACCUUCGAGUGGGCCUUGAAGAGCUGGUCCCAGUGCUCCAAACCCUGCGGCGGAGGGUUCCAGUACACCAAGUACGGGUGCCGCAGGAAGAGCGACAACAAGAUGGUUCAUCGAAGCUUCUGCGAAGGCAGCAAAAAGCCAAAGCCCAUCCGCAGGAUGUGCAACCUGCAGGAGUGCACAGAGCCCCUCUGGGCAGCAGACGAGUGGGAGCACUGCACCAAAACGUGCGGGAAUUCUGGCUACCAGCUGCGCACGGUGCGCUGCAUCCAGCCCCUGGCGGACGGCACCAACCGCUCCGUGCCCGCCAAGCUCUGCAGCGGGCACCGCCCCGAGAGCCGGCGCUCCUGCAACCGGGCGCCGUGCCCCGCGCCCUGGAAAGCCGGGCCCUGGUCCCAGUGCUCGGUGACGUGCGGGGAGGGCACGGAGAGCCGGCAGGUGCUGUGCCGCGCCGGGGACCGCUGCGAGGGCGAGCGCCCGGAGUCCGUCAGGGCCUGUAAACUCGCUGCCUGUGAGGAUGAGCCCUGCCUGGGAGACAAGUCCAUCUUCUGCCAGAUGGAAGUGCUGGCCCGAUACUGCUCCAUCCCUGGCUACCACAGGCUGUGCUGCGAGUCCUGCGGCCGGCGAAGCGGCGGCUUCCCGGCACCCGGAGGGGCUGGCUCCGAGGGGGACGCGGCCCUGGAUCCGGGCGGCCCGCCGAGGGCUCCGCCGGCGCCCACGCCCGCGGUGCCCGCCCGGGCCCCGCUGCUGCCCGGGAGCAGCUCUCCGAGCCGGCUGCCUCGGGAAGCGCGGCAGGCCGAGCGGCGCGCGGCGUCCAGCGCCGAGCCCGGAGGUGCCGGCGUUCCGCACUGGAGAGCCCCCGUGGCUGCCGAGACUUCGAGGCUCUUGGCUUUCCUGCAGCGGUCCCCUGCCAACGGCAGCGGCCUCGGCCCCGGCAGCGCCCCGGCGCCGGCUCUGCCUCCGGCCAGGACCUCCGGGAAGGGUGAGGGGCGCGAAGGGAAGCGAUGGCCCCCGAGGGCCGCCCCGGUGGAGCGAUGAGCGGGAAGGCUUGUGCGGGACAGGGCUGUUCGGCACUCCGUGUGACUCCCCGACCUCCGGACGCCGCGGAGCGCGCCGCGUGCCCCGGGCAGGGCACCGCAGGGCACGGGUCGUCCCCUGUAAAUACGAAGGACAAGAAGUGCUGGUUCACUUUCUGGUGCUCCCGGCCUCCUCCCACCCCUCCUUCCCUGGCCGGCUGGGACACGCAGAGGAAGCACUACAGGAACUUUCCUGGCAGUGAGUGGGAGUCGCUCCGUCCAGCUCUGGGCCCAAAAGUUAGCCCUAACCUCAGCAGCCCUGUGGUUUUGGGAUCUGAACGCCCUCAUUGCAGGAAAUGCCCCGCUGCGGGCAGGACCAGGCAUGGAACCCGACGGGACACUUGUCCCAGAAAGAACGAACCCUCAGGACUCGUGCCUCCCUGGAAACGGGCGUUGCGCGAGCACCACCGCGGCUGUUGGGUAAAUGCAGGAAAGCAGCAUCCUUGUAAGAGUUUUGUGCUGUCCCACAAAUGCUUUCCUGUAUUGUUCCAGUGCCAGGUGCCGGCCGGCAAGUUCUGCCCUAUGAGGAUUCCAAGGGCUGGCGUUUAAAGCAGUUUCAAGGUGGAUUUCAAGGUGUGAGAGAUAUUUAUAUUUCCAGCGUGGAUCAGCUCCAGACCUCCCCACCCGCGGCGCAUCCGACUGCAAGAAUUAAUUUAUGUUCAUCCCCACCUUGUCCCAGCCCAGCCGGCCGCGCUCUGCCCGGCACGGCGCUGUAAAGUACUUGUGUAUAGGAGUGAGAACUGCAGAUAUUUAUUAAAAGUGGGUUUCUUGACAGUAUUUUGUGUG